AUGAUUGGCGGAGUGAAACAGGAGCGAGGCGAAUGGGGCCGCGUUUACCCGCAUCAGGUCUUCUGUGGAGGAGAAAGUGUCCAACUCAGCGGCGGGGCGUACUCCUCUCCAGAGCACCUCUAUCAUAGCUUCAGCCCACAGACAGAACCAGGGACCGCCGGAGACUCGGGCCGGCUCGAGAGCCCGACGUGCGUCUUGGCACAGCAGCAGAGGUGUCCGGACACCGACCCCAAUGGAACAGAGUUCCCAGAGCUGAAAUCUGUGUAUCGGCGCUCGUUCAACCAUGCCAAACCUCCUUACUCCUAUAUCUCGCUCAUCUGCAUGGCCAUCCAGCAGUCGCCAGAGAAGAAGCUCACCCUGAACGAGAUCUACGACUGGAUCCGCCAUCUCUUCCCAUACUACCGGCAGAACCAGCAGCGAUGGCAGAACUCCAUCCGCCACUCGCUCUCCUUCAACGACUGCUUCGUGCGCGUGCCGAGGUCACCCGGCUCUCUGGGGAAAGGCUCGUUCUGGACCCUCCACCCAGAUUCGGGCAACAUGUUCGAGAAUGGCUGCUACAUGCGGCGGCAGAAGCGUUUCCGCUGCUCGAGGGCGUCGUCACCGUCCGCCGCCGAGAGCGCCCCAAAGAAACGGGCGAGGGAGGAUGGCAAGAAGAAGAGGUCAGAGGUCAAGGUUUCGGCGGGGUCGUCCAUCUCCCCUGUCCCACCUCAGCCUCCAGCUCUUCUGCCAGUCCUGGACUGCCCACCCCUGUCCCGCUCGUCCUCUAGUAACCUGCCUCUGCAGCACGCUGUCCCCUCACCCGCUCUGUUUCCUCCCACACUCGCAGAGCAUGCCGCACACCCAGCGGGAGUAGCCUACCCCGCCAUGGCCACGCCCGGGGGGAGGCUCCAGCCCACCGUCUCUCUCCCCGCGGAGCCGUGUGGCCACGGGGAAAUGUUCUUCCACCGGCACGUCUCCGUGCCGCCGCUCGUGGACUUCCAGUUCUACGAGGCUCCCGUGAGCUACCCAGUUUACUGCCCGUCGUCUGCUUCCGGCGUCCACCACUAUAAUCCCUACGCUACCAGCAGGGAGGAUGCCACAUAUGUUGGGGACUCUGUGUACUGUUCUGGGAUCAGCAGGUGCCCAGUGCCAGUUCUGAGCUCCUCCUGA